GCGUCCUAUUUCACUUCCCUCCUUCGAAUCGAAUCAAAUGAACAACAUAAGACUAGGGCACUGAUCUGGUCUGUGCUGCCUGCUGGAGUUCAUCAGACGACAAAGAAUGGGAAUACAUGGGCUUUUGCCUCUUUUGAAGUCGAUAAUGGUACCUAUUCACAUCAAGGACUUAGAGAGCUGUUGUGUUGCUGUUGAUACCUACUCUUGGCUCCAUAAAGGGGCUUUGUCUUGCAGUACGCAGCUCUGCAAAGGGUUACCCACCUCCAGGCACCUCGAUUAUUGUAUGCAUAGAGUAAAUCUGUUGCGGCAUUAUGGUGUUAAACCCAUUCUUGUAUUUGAUGGUGGUCUUCUGCCAAUGAAACUUGAACAAGAGAACAAGCGUGCCAGAACAAGGAAGGAGAAUCUCGCACGUGCUAGUGAACAUGAGUCAAAUGGAAAUUCUGCUGCUGCGUAUGAGUGCUACCAGAAGGCAGUUGAUAUUACACCUUCAAUUGCUCAUGAACUAAUCCAGAUCUUAAAGCGGGAGAACGUUUCUUAUAUUGUGGCUCCCUAUGAGGCUGAUGCCCAGAUGACCUUCUUGGCAGUAAGCAAACAAGUUGAUGCAGUUAUCACUGAGGACUCUGAUCUUAUUCCAUUUGGUUGUCCCAGAAUCAUCUUCAAAAUGGAUAAGUAUGGGCAAGGUGUUGAGUUCCAGUAUUCCAGACUUAGGCAGAACAAGGAGCUAAGUUUUGUAGGAUUCACCAAAGAAAUGCUUCUUCAGAUGUGCAUUUUGAGUGGUUGUGACUACUUGCAGUCAUUGCCGGGAAUGGGGCUUAAAAGGGCUCAUGCACUGAUUACUAAGUUUAAAAGUUAUGACAAGGUACUCAAGCACCUGAGAUAUAGUACAGUGUCUGUUCCGCCUCUUUAUGAAGAGUCUUUCCAGAAAGCAAUAUUGACCUUCCAGCAUCAAAGGGUUUACGAUCCUGCAGCUGAAAAUAUUGUGCAUUUGUCUGAUAUAUCCGACAAUCUUAGCAAUGAUUUGGAUUUUUUGGGCCCAUUGAUGCCACAACAUAUAGCUAAAGGAAUUGCGAAAGGUGACUUGGAUCCAUUUAACCAAAUGCCAUUCAAGGGAGAAAGUCCUAGUUCUGAAGUGGUGAUUAACAGAAUGUCCAAAUUAAAAAAUUUAAAACAUGAAAGUGGAAGGAAGAAGCUAGAUUUGCCUGUGCAGAACAAUCUUCUGACCAAGUACUUCUGUUUUGCAUCUCUUGAUGCAAAAAGAGAAUUCAGGGCUCCUCGAACAUCACCUGUAAUUCCAAGUCCAUCAGAUAAAUCCUCUGUCAGUCCCAAGGAAUAUUGCAGUGCAGAGUAUGCAUCUAUCAAAAUGCACUGCUCUUCAGCAUCCCCAAGUGACUCUGAACAUUUGGGAAGCACUCCACUUGAUGACUCUGUGGAAAGUGGUUCUUCCAGUGGAGUUCUUGGAUCUUUAGGUUCUCUGACUCCCGGUAUGGCUGAUGAGAAUGGAGGUUCAGAACAAACUAUGCUCCAACAAUUCAAGCAUUCUAUUGAUAAACCUUGUCAAGCAUUAUUAAAGGAGUGUGAUUGUAAGAAUGGUCCAAUGCCAGCUGUAGUUCAAGAAGAAAAAACAGAGAACAAAAAGGUCAUUGUAAGGAGUUCUUAUUUUAAGCACUCAAUGGGCAAGAAUGACGAAGACAAUAAACAAGAAAAAGUCUUUGGCACAGAUGAUAUUGCUGGUGAUCCUCGCAAUAAUAAUCUUCUGGGAAGUUCUUACAAGACGAGAACAGCAGAUGGAAAGGUCAUUGUAAGGAGCUCUUAUUUUCCUUGCAAGUCAGUAAUCAAGAAUAGUAACGAGAAUGAACAAGAAAGGCUUGUAAUAAACGGUGAUGCAGCAAUUGGUAGUAGAGUGAGUGAGGAUAUCAUUCUUGAAAGUGCUUCUUCUGAGGAAAAUGGCAUUGCCAUGAAAAGGAAGACCUCACCUAAUGACUCUACCCAAAAUGGGAAUAUGAUGCCCAAGCAAAAGCGUGCAGAUGCAUUUCAUUCUGAGAAUGGUUGCCGUGCUCCUACUCUUGAUGAAACAUCUAUAGAGACAAAGAUCGAAGAAGGAAAGUUUGGAUCUAAUAUUUCACAUUUAACUCAGUACUCUGACAUAGCAGAGAAAUCAAUGGAGAGAUUUGUUUCAGUCAUAUCAUCAUUUAGAUACUCCUCCACUGGCUCUCGUGCUAGUGGUCUUCGUGCGCCUCUGAAAGAUAUUCAAAACACUCGUAUUAGCAGGAGUACGAGUACCAGUAGGUCAAAUGCUGGUGUCGAUUUCAGCCAUUUUGCUUAUGCACCAGCACGCAAGAAAACUGGUAUGCCAUUACGCAGAUAGUGAAUACGAAAAUAUAUAUAUCGGUGAAGGGUCACAAGACAUUUCAAUUGCAGGAGCUAUAGAUUCUAUAUUUCUCUGUAGAAUGUAAGGAAAGCUGUUCAAUUUUGUAUUUCCAUUUUCAUGUUGUAUAUGCAUUCCUGUUAUCUUGCUAAUACUGAUAUUUAUAUCUUAUAUAGGAUCAAAUUGACUUAGAGACAUUUUGGAUUUCUCGAGGCAUUUAUUUACCAUCUGCGAGUAAAAUUGUGCUUCUCAUACCUUUUUUUGUUUUUUUUAAGAUGUUGCAUUCAGAUUCUUUGUACUUUGAUUCUCAUUAAUGUAAGCUCUUUUGUCUGUAAAA